AUGAAAUUUGCCAUUAUCAGCCUUCUCCCCCUCCUCGCUAUGGCAACCGCCAUUGGUGAGAGAGACGCAGACGACGCUGGCAUCAAGGGCGUCGCGCCCAACGACGUCGCUCAGGACGACAAUAACCUCUCGGGGCUCAUGACCGCGGCUGAGAAGGGCAAGGCUGAUCUUAGUCAGAGAUGCCCUCCCAACUUUCCCAAACAUUGCCCUGCUUUCAAUUUUUGCUGCCCCUCUCGCGCCAUUGGCUGCUGCCGGCGCGCCUGCUGUCUUCCAGGUGCUAGACGCUGCGUUAACGGAUUGUUUCCGCGCAAUGCUGGCGCCGCUGUCCUUUUGCAGCUGAACCCUAGACAAGGGUUGUCGAAGAAACAAGAACAAGACUUGCAUACAAACGACGUUUAG